AAACGGAAAUGUAUUCUGUUAUUUUAACGGAAAGUAUCUGUAUAGAUGUAUGGAUACGUGUAUGGAUGUAUCUAUGGAUAGUGUUCGAUUGACGUCACGAUAUAAACAGUGUUGUUCCGACGCCAUAUUGUGAGACACUCUCAGAGUAUCAGCAAGGCACCACUACAACCUUGGAUUACUGCAGAAAAGAGUGGAAAUAUUUUAGCUGCACACUGCAACUGUAUGGCAGGCUUGGCUGAAACAUGUACUCAUGUCAGUGCCACGCUCUUUGCAAUUGAUGCUUUUGUGCACCUAGAAAAGAGCCGAACUGUUACUGAAGAAGCGGCAUAUUGGAUGUUACCAUCAAAUGUAAAGGAAGUAAAAUAUUCUAGGCUAAAAAACAUUAAUUUUACAUCGACAACAAACAUGAAAAGAAUUCUUGAUACUAAAUUAUCUCAGACACCUGCUAGACAAUAUCAAUUGCUGCCUCAUCCGUUUGUAGAACCACCCAACGCUUGGGAAAUGAACAAUUUUUUUCAAAUUCUGCAUGACACUGGUGUUAAACCAAGUAUUCUGUCAAUAGUACCUGUCUUCGUUGAAUCUUACGUUCCUAGGUUUUCAUCUUCCUUGCAGCCCUGGAUUUGCGAAGACCUAGAAAAAAACGGUUCGAGAGCACAACCUUCUUUACUUGAAAAAGUAAGUACUACUACAUCAGUUGGUGAAGCCGCUAUUUCCACUGCAAUGGAUACUGAAGACAUUGAUUUCAACAUUGGAUAAAUCUGUUUUUGUCUA